AUGAACGACGAAACUCAAUUUACAGAAAGAGCAUUGACAGUUAUCACUGUAGCUCAAAAAUUGGCUCAGGAUCAUCAACAUCCACAAUUACAACCAAUUCAUUUAUUAGCUGCUUUCAUUGAAACUCCUGAAGAUGGGACCAUUGCCUAUUUACAAAAUUUAAUUGAUAAAGCUAGAUAUGAUUAUGAUGCAUUCAAGAGAAUUGUUAAUAAACAUUUAGUUAGAAUUCCACAACAGCAUCCAGCCCCACCUCAAGUUACUCCAAGUUAUGCAUUAGGUCAAGUUCUGCAGGAUGCUGCUAAGAUUCAAAAACAACAAAAGGAUUCUUUUAUUGCCCAAGAUCAUCUGUUAUUUGCUUUAUUUAAUGAUUCUUCGAUUAAGGAAAUAUUUAAAGAAGCCCAAAUUGAUACUGAAGCUGUGAAACAACAAGCUUUAGAACUAAGAGGUAACCAAAGAAUAGAUAGCCGUGGGGCAGAUACUAAUACUCCAUUGGAAUAUUUGAGUAAAUAUGCCAUCGACAUGACUGAACAAGCCAGAUUGGGUAAAUUAGACCCAGUUAUUGGUAGAGAAGAGGAAAUUAGAAGUACAAUUAGAGUGUUAGCAAGAAGAAUUAAAUCAAAUCCCUGUUUGAUUGGUGAACCUGGUAUUGGUAAGACCGCAAUUAUUGAAGGUGUUGCUCAAAGAAUUAUUGAUGAUGACGUUCCCACUAUUUUACAAAAUUCAAAAUUAUUCAGUUUAGAUUUGGCAGCUUUGACUGCUGGUGCCAAAUAUAAAGGUGAUUUUGAAGAAAGAUUUAAAGGUGUCCUAAAGGAAGUUGAAGAAUCAAAGACUUUAAUUAUUUUAUUUGUUGAUGAAAUUCAUAUGUUAAUGGGUAAUGGUAAAGAUGAUGCCGCUAACAUUUUAAAACCUGCAUUAUCAAGAGCUGCUAUUAAGGUUAUCGGUGCCACUACCAACAAUGAAUAUAGAUCCAUUGUAGAAAAGGAUGGGGCUUUUGAAAGAAGAUUCCAAAAGAUUGAAGUCUUAGAACCAACCAUUAGACAAACAGUAGCCAUUUUGAGAGGUAUCCAAUCUAAGUAUGAAAUCCAUCAUGGUGUUAGGAUUUUAGAUAGUGCAUUAGUGACAGCUACUCAAUUAGCAAAAAGAUAUUUACCAUACAGAAGAUUACCAGAUUCUGCCAUUGAUUUAGUUGAUAUUUCAUGUGCAGGUGUUGCUGUUGCAAGAGAUUCUAAACCAGAAGAAUUAGAUUCUGCUGAACGUAAUUUACAAUUAAUUCAAGUCGAAAUUAAGGCAUUAGAAAGAGAUAAGGAUGCUGAUUCUUCUACUAAAGAAAGAUUAAAGGCUGCUAAAAAGAAGGAAGCUUCUAUAAUGGAAGAAUUAGAACCAUUAAGACAACGUUAUAAUGAAGAAAGAAAAGGUCAUGAAGAAUUAACUUUGGCUAAGAAGAAAUUGGAUGAUUUAGAAAAUAAAGCUUUAGAUGCUGAACGUAGAUAUGAUACUGGUACUGCUGCAGAUUUGAGAUAUUUUGCUAUUCCAGAUAUUAAAAAGAGAAUUGAACAAUUAGAAGAACAAGUUGCUGAAGAAGAAAGAAGAGCCGGUGCAAACUCUAUGAUUCAAAAUGUUGUUGACUCCGACACCAUUGCAGAAACUGCCGCAAGAUUGACAGGUAUUCCGGUUAAGAAAUUGACUGAAUCAGAAAAUGAAAAAUUGAUUCACAUGGAACAAGAUUUAUCAAAGCAAGUUGUUGGUCAAAUGGAAGCUGUUAAAGCUGUAUCUAAUGCGGUUAGAUUAGCUAGAUCUGGUUUGGCUAAUCCAAGACAGCCAGCAUCCUUUUUAUUUUUAGGGUUAUCAGGUUCUGGUAAGACGGAAAUGGCAAAGAAAAUUGCUGGAUUUUUAUUCAAUGAUGAAGAUAUGAUGAUUAGAGUAGAUUGUUCAGAAUUAAGUGAAAAACACUCUGUAUCUAAAUUAUUAGGUACAACUGCCGGUUAUGUUGGUUUCGACGAAGGCGGGUUUUUAACUAAUCAAUUACAAGUAAAACCAUAUUCCGUCUUAUUAUUCGAUGAAGUUGAGAAGGCUCAUCCAGAUGUCUUAACUGUGAUGUUACAAAUGUUAGAUGAUGGUAGAGUCACAUCUGGUCAAGGUAAGACUAUCGAUUGUUCUAACUCCAUCAUCAUUAUGACCUCUAAUUUAGGUGCACAAUUCAUUGCUGGACAAUCUGGUUCUAAGAUCCAACCUGCUACUAAGGAAUCGGUCAUGAAUGUAGUGAAAGGCCAUUUCAGACCUGAAUUCUUAAACAGAAUAUCCAGUAUUGUCAUUUUUAAUAAAUUAUCAAGAAAAGUCAUUCAUAAGAUUGUUGAUAUCAGAUUGAAAGAAAUUGAAGAUAGGUUCGAAAUGAAUGAUAAACAUUACACAUUAGAUUUAUCCCCUGAUGCCAAGGAAUUCUUAGCCAAAUAUGGGUACUCUGAUGAUAUGGGUGCAAGACCAUUAAACAGAUUGAUUCAAAAUGAAAUUUUGAAUAAAUUAGCCAUAAGAAUAUUGAAGGGUCAAAUCAAAGAUAAAGAAACAGUGCAUGUUGAAUAUAAACAAGCUUCUGACUCUGGAGAAGAAGGAUUAAUUGUUGUACCAAACCAUGACGGCAAUGCAUCCAACACAGACGAAGACAUGGAUAUAGAUGACGAAUCUGACUAUUCCGAUACUCCAGAAAUCGUAAAUGACUUGGACUAG